AUGAUCUGUGCAGUAUUUUGGGGACUUAAUAAUCACCGGCAGCGCAUCAUAUUCGGAUGUGCUUUCUUGGUCGAUCAAACUGUGGGUUCAUUAAAUUGGUUGCUCCGGAGUUUCGUCGAAGUAAGCUGUCACAAACCGAAGACGAUUAUUACUGAAGUCAGUGAAGAAAUUGCCGAUGCCUUAAGGGUAGUCUUGCCAGAGACAGCCCAUUGUUUGCAAUUUUGGUCUAUCUUGAACGGUUUUAAGAACUUGUCUACUUUGAGUGAUCGAGCCAGUGUCGGCAACCUCUUCAGGGACUGCGUCUUCCAUGUCCACUCGCAGGUAGAAUUCGAGUUUAAAUGGAAUUCUUUUAUAGGAAAGUACAAGCUACAUGAAAAUAGGUGGUUUGCUUCUUUGUAUGGAAUGCGUGAGAAAUGGUCUCAUGCGUUCACAAAGAACGUGUUCUCAGCUGGCCUCAUCUCGAUACAAAACAAUGAGGAUGCUCGUGCUAUUUUUGGGAAUCUCUCCUGCAAGACCAUGACACUAUCCCAAUUUGCACAACAGUGUGAAAAGAUGGCCGAGCACAUGCGUCGGAAAGAAUUUCUGGAGGACAUGCGUUGCGAGAAAAUCUCGGCGAAUUUGCAAUCCAAGAAUCCGGUAGAGAAAGAAGCUGAACGCUUGUAUACUAAACCGAUCUUCAACAUGUUUCAAAAGGAGUUGAGCAAUAUCCUAUCACUGUCAAUUGAAGAAAUCGGGGGCAAGGCGACUCUUCGUGAGUUUAAAUUGACCGAACAAGGCAGCAUGAACAUAGACACUGUCAAGUUUGAUCCUUCCAAUUCAACAUUGGUAUGUAGCUGUGGGAAGUUCGAGUCAGUCGGUAUUUUAUGCUUUCAUGCUUUGAAAGUACUCAAUUUUAUGAAUAUAUUCAAUAUACCGUCUCGUUACUUACUGAAACGAUGGACGAAAUCUGCCAAAGACAGCCUUCCACUGGACAGCCCCCGCACAGGCACUGCACGUGACGGAGGUCCUGAUAAUUUGUUUAUGGGUGAGUUUAUGCGACAGGCUUUGCAUGUCGCCUAUAUGUCUGUAAAUAAGAAGAGGAAGAGAAAAGCUAUGGCGAUCAUGAAAUCUGCAUUGGAGGACAUUGCCAAGGUUCCGAAGACAGAAUAA